AUGGCAGACUGGGCCUCAGCUCUCCUCCAGGUCACCCCUGUGGUCCUGGGUGCCCACUCGGGGCUGCGCUGGUCACUCUCCCCGGGUCCGCCCCGUGGGGUGUGCCAGCCCCGCGGAGCCCAGGUGGGCUCCCUGAGUGUCGGGGAGCACGCCCCUGCCCUCCCCCCAAGGUCUCCCUCCCAGCGGUGCACCGGCCCCACCUCGGCGCCCGCCCUGGGGGAUUCAGGUUUGCUCCAGGCCACACUUAGCUCUACAGGCUUCUUCCCGGAGGCCCAGCCCCACCCUUUCCUUCCUCCUCCUCCCUCCUCCCCUGUCCUACCUCUCCGCCUGAGGGCUCAGUGCCGCUGGAAAAAUCCCGGCCAACAGCUGCGUGCGAGCUGGCGAUGCCGAGAGGGGCCCGCGGGGCCUCCCGGGGAAAGCCACUGGGCGACCUCGAAUCCAGGACCCCGGAGCCCGAGGCUCGAGGGGCAGGAGACAGCCGGCCGGCCACGAGUGGCCAUGCUGCCCACACCCAAUGGCAGUGGGCCGAGCCCGGAGCUUGAAGGCCAUUGGCCAGCGGCCUCGGAGAGGUCCCCGUGCGUGGCCGGGGUCAUCCCUGUGAUCUACUACAGCGUCCUGCUGAGCCUGGGGCUGCCUGUCAACCUCCUGACCACGGUGGCGCUGGCCCGCCUGGCCGCCCGGACCAGGAAGCCCGCCUACUCCUACCUGCUGGCGCUCACGGCCUCGGACAUCGUCACGCAGGUGGUCAUCGUGUUCGGCGGCUUCCUCCUGCAGGGCGCCGUGCUGGCCCGCGAGGUGCCCCGGGCCGUGGCCCACACCAUCAACAUCCUGGAGUUCGCCGCCGUCCACGCCUCCGUGUGGAUUGCCGUCCUGCUCACGUUCGACCGGUACAGCGCCCUGUGCCGCCCGCUGCACCACCGCGCGGCCGCCUCCCCGGGCCGGGCCCGCCGCGCCAUCGGCCUGGUCCUGGGCGCCGCCCUGCUCACCGGCAUCCCCUUCUACUGGUGGCUGGACGUGUGGCGGGACCCGGGCCCCCCCAGCACGCUGGACGAGGCCCUCAAGUGGGCGCACUGCCUCACCGUCUACUUCGUCCCCGGCGCCAUCUUCCUGGUCACCAACUCGGCCAUCAUCUGGCGGCUGCGGCGGCGGCGGGGCGGGCGGCGGCCCCGCGUGGGCAAGAGCACGGCCAUCCUGCUGGGCCUCACGGCGCUCUUCGCCGGCCUCUGGGCGCCCCGCAUCUGCGUGGUGCUCUACCACCUGUACGUGGCCCCCGUGCACCGCGACUGGCGCGUGCACCUGGCGCUGGACGUGGCCAACAUGGUCGCCAUGCUCCACACCGUGGCCAACUUCGGCCUCUACUGCUUCGUCAGCAAGACCUUCCGGGCCACCAUCCGGGAGGUCGUCCACGACGCCCACCUGCCCUGCGUCCUGGGGCCGCAGCCGGAGGGCGCCGCGGCGGAGCCCGUGCUGAAGCCUCCGGGACCCCCCGAAGGGGCGGGGCUGUAG